AUGACAUUUGAAACAGUUGGACGUCAACACUGGCUUCCUUCAUGGAGAUUUGGACAAGGAAGUUUACAUGCAGAUACCGCCCGGUUUGGAUGUGUCACAACCAGUUUUUUUUAUGAUCACUCCCUCUUCAUCAAGAAAUCUUCUGAAGGCUUUACUGCCAUCCUAGUAUAUGUGGAUGAUUUGGUUUUAACCGGUGAUAACAUUGGUGAAAUCAAUUCCAUCAAGCAGAUUUUAGAUUACAAGUUUAAAAUAAAAGACCUUGGUGAUCUCAAGUACUUCUUGGAAAUGGAAGUCGCACGCUCCAACUCGGGAAUUCACAUUUAUCAACGGAAGUAUGCCAUGGACCUUCUCAAGGAUUUUAGUUAUCUGGAUUACAAGCCUCUCUCCACUCCAUUUGAUUAUAGUCAGAAACUCUCGAAAGAGUCGGGUACCAUUUUAACAGACAACACUACUUACAGACAACUCAUCGGCCGACUCCUUUACCUCACAAAUACUAGACCCGAUAUCUCCUAUGCUGUGGGGCGUUUGAGUCAGUUUUUGGACUGUGCAACCACCUCUCACCUGCAGGCUGCUUUCCGUGUGCUUCGAUACUUAAAAGGUAGACCUGCAACUGGUUUAUUCUUCUCCUCUACUUCUGAUAUGCAUCUCACUGGAUUUGCCGAUGCUGACUGGGCUACCUGUGCCGAUACUCGUCGCUCUAUUUCUGGUUAUUGCUUCAUGCUUGGAAGCUCUCUUGUCAGUUAG